AUGUCUAGCCCUUUAUAUUUCUUUGGAUUAUUCUCCAGUCUGAUUGUUCUAUUUCUAUCGCAAUAUGCUAUUAAAAGUCGUCGACCACAGAACUUCCCUCCUGGUCCUAAAGGCCUCCCUAUCAUUGGUAAUCUGUAUCAGUUACCUCUACGAAAAGGGUUUCUAGUACAAAAAGAAUGGUCCAAACAAUAUGGCACUAUCGUUGGAUUCAAGCUAGGGCCCCUCAACGCCGUGGUCUUGAACAGUUACCAUCAUGUCAAAGAGCUAUUCGAUAAAAGGGGAGCAAUUUACUCUAGUCGUCCAGAGAAUUACGCCGGCCAGCAGAUUAUAUGCCCCAACAGCAUCCACAUACUGUUAGCACAACACGGCCCAGAGUGGAGAGCCCUUCGAAAAGCCGUCCAAGGUCUCUUGAAUUUUAAUGCUGAUACUGCGUUGCAUCCAAUUCAGGUAUCCGAAGCCACAGAAACAAUGUGUCAGCUACUGGAGGAUCCAGAGAAUUAUGAUAACCACAUUCGCCGUUACUCCACAGCUGUCAUAUUGGCUUCUGUUUUUGGUCAAAGAGGAGAGAAAUUCGAAUCUCCUAACGUUCAAGCCUUAUAUCAUGCACAGGAACGUUUUACUGGAAUUCUGGAGCCGGGGGCAACUCCUCCCAUUGACGCUUUUCCGUUUCUGAGAUUGUUACCCGAGUUUAUGAGUCCCUGGAAGAAAGAAGCAAAAGAGAUCCGAGCGGAACAAAUUGCACUCUAUUAUGGUCUUCUAAACGAAACAAAAGCUAGAUCAAGUAACAAGAGCUUGUCACCUUGUUUUAUGGGGAAGUUAUUAGAGUCUCAAGAGAAGGACGGCUUCACCAAUGAACAGUUGGCCUAUCUAGGUGGAGUUCUGAUGGAAGGUGGAUCGGAUACUACAUCGUCGACUCUGCUUGCAUUUGUCCUUGCAAUGGCGUCGCACCCACAUGUCCUACGAAAGGCACAAGAGGAACUAGAUCAUGUUUGUGGCAUUACUCAAUCACCGGGGCUCUAUGAUCUUGGUAAGCUGGAGUAUAUGAGAGCAUGCAUGAAUGAGACUUUACGAUGGCGUCCAAUAGCGCCAGGUGGUAUACCGCAUAUGUUGACGCAGGAUGAUAUCUAUGAGGGCCAUUUCAUUCCCAAGGGUACAAUCAUGUUCAUGAAUACAUGGGCUAUUCACAUGGAUGAAGAUGAAUAUGACGAGCCGGAGAAAUUCAUGCCGGAACGUUUCAUUCACAACAAAUUCGGCUGCAAAGGUGACAAGAAUCUACUUGAUGAUCAGCGCAGAGUGACUUACGGGUUUGGAGCUGGUCGGCGAAAUUGCCCUGGUCAAAGAAUGGCUGAAAACUCACUGAUGCUUAACAUGUCAAAGAUGGUGUGGCUUUUUAACGUCCUCCCUCUUGGUUCUGAGCCACUGGAUGUGAGUAUAAGCUCAGCAUUCGAUGUUGGAUUCCUGGUUGCACCCAAGAAAUUUCCUGUUCAGUUUGUUCCUCGUUCUGAUGCACAUGUGCAAGUCAUUCGUGAUGAGUUGGAGGAAGCCAAGGAGCUAUUCGCCCGAUAUAAGUGA